CUGGUGCUGAUGGCACGAUGCUGGACUGUUACCUACCUGAAAUAUUCCUUUACAAAUAUGAGAGAUAUAUUUCGGCAUUCGCGGGCCACGAGCUCUCAGUUAGAACUUUGAAUUGGCCAAAGCAACUUCGGUGACCGAGGAACGAGCCCCUAGAAUUAAAUUCCAGAAAUUAGCGAAAAUGUGCGAAAUGCCAUUGAAAAUGAAAGCCAAAUUAGUUGUAUUCCUUGUGAUCCCAGUUUUUCUACUGGACUUGGCUGAUACUAUGAGACUUAGCCAGGUGGAGGAUAGCGAGUGUGAUUUCGACUUCAAAGAACACCCAGAGGACUUCUAUGGCAUGCUGGAUGCCGUGCAGGUGCCAGAUCAGGAUGUGAAGGAUACCUAUCACUGGAAACUGCCGGAGAGAACCAGAGCCAGACAAUCAUUUGGAAGACGCCGGAAACAGCCUCAUAAGUUGCGAAUCAAAGCCAGGUCGCGAUUGAGAUUACCACCACCGCCUUUGCUCUGGACAGAUGACGCUGUAGAUGUCCUGCAACCCAGUUACUUACCCAGUCCUGAGCCCGUCCAGCACCGGCACCGGAGGGCUGUAACUGUGCGGAAGGAGCGCACCUGGGACUAUGGGGUUAUCCCGUACGAAAUCGAUAGCAUCUUCAGCGGCGCCCACAAGGCGCUCUUCAAGCAGGCCAUGCGCCACUGGGAGAACUUCACCUGCAUUAAGUUUGUGGAGAGGGAUGCCAAGCUCCAUGCCAACUAUAUAUACUUUACGGUCAAGAAUUGUGGAUGCUGUUCGUUUCUGGGAAAGAAUGGCAAUGGUCGCCAGCCCAUUUCCAUAGGACGAAAUUGCGAGAAAUUCGGUAUAAUUAUCCACGAGCUGGGGCAUACCAUCGGCUUUCAUCACGAGCAUGCUCGCGGCGACCGGGAUAAGCACAUUAUCAUAAACAAGGCCAACAUAAUGCGCGGCCAGGAGUACAACUUCGAUGUAUUGUCCCCGGAAGAGGUGGACCUGCCCCUGUUGCCCUACGAUUACAACUCUAUUAUGCACUACGCCAAGAACUCGUUUUCGAAAAGCUCAUAUCUGGACACGAUUACUCCCAUUGGAAUACCACCUGGAACGCAUGUGGAGCUGGGUCAGCGAAGGCGUCUAAGUCGCGGCGACAUAGUACAGGCCAACUUGCUGUACAAAUGCGCCAGCUGUGGCCGCACUUACCAACAGAAUUCUGGCCACAUAGUGAGCCCUCACUUCAUGUACUCCGCCAACGGAGUGCUCAGCGAAUUCGAAGGGAGUGGCGGUGGCGAAGGGGAAGCCUCCGACGGAGUUACUGACUUUGAUGCCUCUAUGGCCAAUUGCGAAUGGCGGAUAACCGCCACCAAUGGGGAACGGGUCCUGCUUCAUAUCCAGCAGCUGCAUCUGCUGAGCUCCGAGGAUUGUUCGCAGGAUUACCUGGAGAUCAGGGACGGCUACUGGCAUCGUUCGCCGUUAGUGCGUCGUCUCUGUGGGAACGCGAGCAAAGAGGUCAUCGCCACCCAGACGAGUCGCAUGCUCAUCAACUACGUGAACCGGAAUGCGGCCAAAGGUUACAGGGGGUUCAAGGCCAGGUUUGAGGUGGUCUGCGGAGGAGAGAUAAAGCUGACCAGAGAUCAGUCUAUAGACUCACCGAACUAUCCUCUGGACUACAUGCCCGAUAAGGAGUGCAUAUGGAAAAUAUCUGCUCCUGAAAACUACCAGGUAGCACUCAAGUUCCAGAGCUUCGAGCUGGAGAAACACGACACCUGCACCUAUGACUUUGUGGAGAUUCGAGAUGGUAACCGAAGUGAUUCCCGGUUGAUAGGUCGCUUCUGUGGUGAUAAGAUCCCGCCGAAUAUAAAAACUCGCACCAAUCAGAUGUACAUCCGGUUCGUUUCGGAUGGCUCCGUGCAGAAAUUGGGCUUCUCUGCCGCCCUCAUGCUGGACGUGGACGAGUGCAAGUUCACGGACCACGGAUGCCAGCACGUAUGCAUCAAUACAUUGGGCAGUUACCAGUGCGGCUGUCACGCUGGAUACGAGCUCCAAGCAAAUGGGAAAACUUGCGAAAACGCUUGCGGUGGAGUCGUUGAUGCCACCAAUUCCAAUGGCUCGCUGUUCUCGCCAUCCUACCCAGAUCCCUAUCCCAACGCCAAGCAAUGUGUGUGGGAGGUGGUGGCUCCGCCGAAUCAUGCCGUCUUCUUGAACUUCACCCACUUUGACUUGGAGGGCACAAGGUUUCAAUACACAAAGUGCAACUACGACUAUCUCGUUAUCUACUCCAAGCUUAAGGAUAAUCGGCUAAAAAGGAUUGGUAUUUACUGUGGAAACAAUCUUCCUCCGGUGGUAAAUUCCGAGCAGAGUGUUCUGCGUCUGGAAUUCUACUCGGACAGAACGGUGCAAAGAAGUGGAUUCGUCGCCAAGUUUGUGAUAGAUGUAGAUGAAUGUGCUAUAAAUAACGGAGGCUGCCAGCACAGGUGCAAGAAUACCUUCGGAUCCUACCAGUGCAGCUGCCGGAACGGCUACAGUCUAGCCGAAAAUGGCCACAACUGUACGGAGACGCGUUGCAAGUUUGAGAUUACUAGUUCGUACGGUGUGCUGCAGAGUCCAAACUACCCCGAAGACUAUCCCCGGAAUAUAUACUGCUACUGGCACUUCCAAACUGUUCUGGGUCAUCGCAUUCAAUUGACUUUUCAUGACUUUGCUGUGGAGAGUCACCAGGAGUGCAUCUAUGAUUAUGUGGCCAUCUAUGAUGGGAAAUCGGAAAACAGCUCUACUCUGGGAAUCUACUGUGGUGGUCGGGAACCUUACGGAGUAAUUGCUUCCAGCAAUGAGAUGUUCAUGGUCUUGGCCACAGAUGCGGGAUUACAGAGAAAGGGAUUCAAGGCCACCUUUGUUUCGGAGUGCGGUGGCUAUCUCAGGGCCACUAACCAUUCACAGACCUUCUAUUCGCAUCCGCGUUACGGAAGUCGACCCUAUAAACGAAACAUGUACUGCGAUUGGCGAAUCCAAGCGGAUCCGGAGAGCAGCGUCAAAAUACGUUUUCUACAUUUUGAGAUUGAAUACUCGGAAAGGUGUGACUAUGACUUCCUGGAGGUCACCGAGGAGGGUUACUCUAUGAACACCAUACAUGGUAGAUUUUGUGGCAAGCACAAGCCGCCCAUAAUCAUUUCCAAUUCGGACACACUUCUUCUUCGGUUCCAGACUGACGAAAGCAACUCCCUCAGAGGUUUUGCCAUUUCAUUCAUGGCUGUUGAUCCUCCUGAGGAUUCCGCUGGAGAGGAUUUUGAAGCAGUCACACCCUUCCCGGGCUACCUCAAGAGCAUGUACUCCUCGGAAACUGCAAGCGACCUGCCGCGAGCCCACAUCCUGCCGCCCAGCAGGCUAAUGUAGGAAUGUGUUUAAGUUUUAUUGUU